CCUUAAAUAGGAGUGAAGGGGCAGUAGCCUUUAGAGAGGGGAAUUAUUUGUUUUCCUUGGGCAGGGUUUGCUAAGCUGGGAAAGGCUGGUCUUCCUCUCUGCUUUGCAGUUUUUCUAUAACCCUUGAUGGCCAGGGACAGAGAUGAGCACAGAAGUGCAUGUUCCAUGGUAUAGCACUGGCAGGUCAGGCUGAGAAAAUACAUGCUGUACAGUGCACUGCUCAUGACAUGAGCCUUCUGAAUCUGGGAAUGCAAGUUGUCUAUCUAUGUGCAUUGUGCUUUGCCUAAAUCUCUCAUUACUGAACCUGUGGCUUGUCAUUCUCAUAUCUCAAAAAAGAGCUGAAAAGGAAUUGCUGGUUAUCACAGAGGGAGUAUGUCUUCAAUAGCAGUGCCAUUUUACCAGAGGAGGCACAAGCACUUUGAUCAGUCCUAUCGCAACAUUCAGACCAGAUAUGUGCUUGAGGAAUAUGCAGCAAGAAAGGCUGCUUCCAGGCAGGCUGCUUAUUAUGAAUCAUCUGGCUUGGGCAAAACAACGUGCAGACUCUGUGCCAGGAGGGCACGCACCUUGGCGCAUGAAGCAAUGCAGGAAUCCAGGAAAAGGAGUCAAGAGCAAAAGUCUCAUGUAAGUGAUGAGAAAAGAAUCCGUUUUGCCAGUGAGUUGUCUGCUUUGGAAAAAGAGAUUCACACAGCCAGGCACCGUGCUCGAGAGCAUCUGGAUAGACUUGCUGUGCAAAGAAUGGUAGAAGAAAAUAUGGCUCUGGAAAGACAUAUCAUUGAAGAAAGAAUAAGUCGAGCCCCUGAAAUUCUAGUGCGCCUGAGGUCUCACACUGUCUGGGAAAAGAUGUCUGUGAGCCUUUGCUUUACUGUACAAGGAUUUCCAACCCCAGUUGUACAAUGGUACAAAAAUGAAGAAUUGAUUUCUCCUGCAAGUGAUCCAACAAAGUAUAGAAUUGAAAGCAAAUAUGGAGUGCAUGUGUUACAUAUAAACAGAGCUGACUUUGAUGAUUCUGCAACCUAUUCAGCAGUGGCAACAAAUGUCCAUGGUCAAGCAUCAACUAAUUGUGCUGUGAUUGUGCGAAGGUUCAGAGAGGAUGAAGAGCCUCACCCAGCUGCGAUAAUGCCCUUCCACUUGCCCCUGUCAUAUGACGUUUGCUUCACCCACAUUGAUGUCCAGUUUCUGGAGAAGUUUGGAGUCACUUUUGCAACUGAAGGUGAAACACUGACCUUGAAGUGUUCUAUGUUGAUCACUCCAGAGUUGAAAAGACUACGACCUCGUGCCGAGUGGUAUAGAGAUGAUGUGCUGAUAAAGGACUCCAAGUGGACAAAGCUGUACUUUGGAGAAGGCCAGGCAGCUCUUUCCUUUACUCAUCUGAACAAAGAUGAUGAAGGUUUAUACACCCUGCGCAUGGUUUCGAGAGGCGGAAUCAGUGAAUGCAGUGCAUAUCUGUUUGUAAGAGAUGCUGAUGCAUUGAUCGCAGGAGCACCAGGGGCACCAAUGGAUGUUAAAUGCCAUGAUGCUAACAGAGACUAUGUUAUUGUUACCUGGAAACCACCAAAUACAACCAGUGAGAGCCCUGUUAUUGGAUAUUUUGUUGACAAAUGUGAAGUAGGUUUGGAAAACUGGGUCCAGUGCAAUGAUGCUCCUGUAAAAGUCUGCAAGUAUCCUGUGACUGGUCUUCAAGAGGGACGGUCUUACAUAUUCCGUGUGAGAGCAGUGAACAGUGCUGGCAUUAGCCGGCCUUCUCGAGCCUCAGAACCUGUUGCAGCGCUUGACCCUGUUGACCUGGAGAGAACACAAACUGUUCAUGUGGAUGCAGGGCGAAAGAUUGUGAUCAGUAAGGAUGACCUUGAAGGGGAUGUUCAGAUUCCAGGCCCUCCCACCAAUGUACAUGCUUCAGAAAUCAGCAAAACAUAUAUUGUACUCAGCUGGGAUCCACCUGUUCCCCGUGGCAGGGAGCCACUGACGUAUUUCAUUGAGAAGUCCAUGGUUGGCAGUGGAAGUUGGCAAAGAGUCAAUGCACAGGUUGCAGUAAAAUCUCCUCGCUAUGCAGUGUUUGACCUUGCAGAAGGAAAACCAUAUGUGUUCCGAGUGCUGUCAGCAAACAAAAAUGGCAUCAGUGAUCCAUCUGAAAUCACAGAACCUAUUCAACCACAAGAUACUAUUGCGUUGCCAUCUGCACCUGGUCAGGUGGUGGCCACAAGGAAUACAAAAACAUCAGUUGUAGUUCAAUGGGAUAAACCAAAACAUGAAGAGGAUUUAUAUGGCUACUACAUUGACUAUUCUGUGGUGGGAUCAAAUCGCUGGGAACCCAGUAACCAUAAACCUAUUAAAUAUAACAGGUUUGUUGUUCAUGGUUUGGAAACUGGAGAGCAAUAUGUCUUCCGCGUGAAAGCUGCAAAUGCUGUAGGAUUGAGUGAAAACUCGCAGGAGUCGGAGGCUGUAACAGUGCAGGCAGCCCUUAGAGGAAGUGUGUCUCAUAUGGCUUGUCCUUCAUAUCCUCAUGGUAUCACUCUUCUGAACUGUGAUGGGCAUUCAAUGACCCUUGGCUGGAAAGCACCAACAUACAGUGGAGGUUCACCAAUCCUUGGUUAUUACAUGGAUAAACGGGAAGCUAACCAUCAAAACUGGCAUGAAGUAAAUUCUUCCCUUAUUACCCAGACGAUUUAUACGGUAGAGAAUUUGACUGAAGAUGCCUUCUAUGAAUUCAAAGUUGCUGCUGCAAAUCUGGUUGGAAUAGGUCAACCUUCAGAUCCCAGUGAGCAUUUUAAGUGUAAAGCCUGGACUAUGCCAGAACCUGGUCCUGCCUAUGAUCUCAUGAUAUGUGAAGUUAGAAAUACAUCACUAGUUCUUCUGUGGAAAGCUCCUGUGUAUGAAGGCAAAAGCCCUAUUACUGGGUAUUUAGUGGACUAUAAAGAAGUAGAUACAGAAGACUGGAUCACUGCUAAUGAAAAACCUACUUCAAAACGCUAUUUUAAGGUCACUGAUUUACAUGAGGGUCAUACCUAUGUUUUCAAAGUUCGUGCGGUGAAUGAUGCUGGGGUAGGCAAGUCAUCUGAGAUAUCUGAACCAGUGCUUGUUGAGGAACGGCCAGGAACGAAAGAAAUCUAUUCAGGUGUGGAUGAUGAGGGUAAUAUUUACCUGGCUUUUGAGUGCAAAGAAGCAACAGAUGCAUCUCAUUUUGCAUGGGGUAAAUCUUAUGAGGAGAUUGAUGAUUCUCAUAAAUUUAAGAUUGAAACAGAAGGAACUCAUUCUAAGCUGUACUUCAAAAAUCCUGAUAAAUCAGACUUGGGAACUUACUCUAUCUCAGUUAGUGACACAGAUGGGGUUUCCUCCAGCUUCGUUAUGGAUGAUGAAGAGUUUGAACGUUUGAUGGCAUUAAGCUAUGAAAUAAAGAAUCCAACAAUACCACUGAAAUCAGAACUAGCUUAUGAGGUUCUUGAUAAAGGAGAAGUUCGUUUCUGGAUUCAGGCUGAAAGCUUAUCUCCAGAUUCUACUUUCAGAUUUGUUAUUAAUGAUAAAGAAGUCGAAAACAGUGACAGGCAUAAAAUAAAUUGUGACCGUUCAAAUGGCAUUAUAGAAAUGGUGAUGGAAAAAUUUACAAUUGACAAUGAAGGUACCUAUACGGUACAGAUUCAGGAUGGAAAGGCCAAAAACCAGUCCUCAUUAGUUCUCAUUGGAGAUGCAUUCAAGAGAGUAUUGGCUGAGUCUGAGCUCCAGCGAAAGGAAUUUCUCAGAAAACAAGGUCCUCACUUCUCAGAGUUUUUAUAUUGGACGGUUACAGAGGAAUGUGAAGUUUUACUUUCUUGUAAGGUUGCAAACACAAAGAAGGAGACUGAUUUUAAGUGGUACAAGGAUGGUUCUGGGUUUGAUGUUGAGGAGCUGCCUGAUCUGCAGAAGGGAGAAUGUCACCUCAGUAUUCCCAAGCUGUCUCGCAAAGAUGAAGGAGUUUAUAAGGCGACACUAUCAGAUGAUAGAGGUCAUGAUGUAUCUUCUCUUGAAUUAUCAGGAAAAGUUUAUGAUGAUAUAAUUCUGGCAUUGAGUGGAAUGAGUGGUAAGUCAGCCUCUCCACUGAAGAUUCUUUGCACUGAGGAAGGAAUAAGGCUCCAGUGUUUCUUGAAAUACUACAAUGAAGAAAUGAAAGUCAGCUGGUGUCACAGGGAGUCUAAGAUUUCCUCUGGUGAGAAGAUGAAAAUUGGAGGUGCAGACGACGUUGCCUGGUUGCAGAUAACUGAACCCACUGAAAAGGAUAAGGGGAAUUACACCUUUGAAAUCUUUGGCGCCAAGGAAUCCUACAAACGCACAAUUGAUCUGUCUGGUCAAGCUUUUGAUGAUGCAUAUGCAGAGUUCCAGCGACUCAAGGCAGCUGCUUUUGCUGAGAAGAAUCGUGGUAAAGUCAUUGGUGGUUUGCCUGAUGUCGUUACUAUAAUGGAUGGGAAGACACUGAAUCUGACCUGUACGGUAUUUGGAAAUCCUGACCCUGAAGUGGUUUGGUUCAAGAAUGACAAGGCCUUUGAAAUUGAUGAGCACUAUGCAUUUUCACUGGAACAAGGGAAAUACGCCAGUUUAACCAUCAAGGGAGUGACUUCAGAAGAUUCAGGCAAAUAUAGCAUCCAUGUCAAGAACAAGUAUGGUGGGGAAACAGUGGAUGUCACUGUAAGUGUGUAUAGACAUGGUGAAAAAAUGCCUGAAAUUAAGCCUGGCCAACUUGCUAAACCCAGGCCAAUACCACCAUCAGAAGAAGUCCUCAAACCUCAGGGCAAGUGAAGAAGAUCCUGUAACAAGUGAAGCUUCACCCUAUGUUUGACAAACAGAAUAGAAUACAUGAGCUGUAUUUGAACUAUUGCCACAUAAAAUCCAUUGUUAAUGUUCAGAAUGAAACUGAACUUUUAAGUUUGCUUAGCUGUGGUGCUGUACACAUCUGCAGCAAUCUCAUUUUGAAUGCAUAUAAUAGAGUAGGACUUGCAAACAAUGAAAAGCCAAAUUCCUGCCAGAGGUUCCCAUAUGCAAUGGCAAGUUUCAAAACCCUACAAACCUACAGUAAAUUUUCAUUUUCACACUUCUGCAAAAUAACCCUAAGUCCAAGCAAUCCAACAAGCCUCUGAGAACAAAUGUCCCAUCACUAAAUGUAAUGAACUGCAGUAACAUAGAUAUUCAGAGAUGAUCCUUUUUGCUUUGAAGUCCUUGGUCCUGUAAAUUUAGUGAAUAGUCUUGCUUUAGUAGUGAUACUCUUGUUCCAUAAAUAGUGUGACUUUAGUAGACUUGCACAAAGGUUCACUCUUUAUUCACUGAACCAUAGGUCACAUGGUUGUAUUUUGUUUUUCCUGCUUUGUGCUAAUAAAACUUUAAAAGUCACCUUUGCUACUCACUGCUUCAAAUCAUGCUUAACUAGUUCUAUUUACUCUUCUUCAUUGUUUAAUUAUUGCUUAUUGCACAAUUUCACAGCUGGUAGCAUGCAGACUAUCGACUUUCAAUAAAGAAUGCAAAUUAUGGUUAAUCACAGUCACUGGGUGGCACUUGCAACAUUAAUUUUACUUUUUUACAAUACAGGUCAAGCUUAAACUGGCACCAGAAGAUAUGUAUACAAUUCAGCCACUUAAGAUAAUUAUGUCCUUGAUUCUUCUCCCAGUGAAAAGAACAAGGGGACUCUUCCUUGGGUGAAGUGAUUCUUCUAGGGAAAAAUUUCAAUACAUUCUUACUGCAAAUCAGAUACGAUGGGCAUCAGUUGCUCACUUAUCUCUCAUACAAUACAUAAAGGAGCGUAUGCAGUGAUGACUUUUUUGGAUCAGGUUCCCUUUUCAGUAGAAAACCUCCAAUGUACCUAGGAGAAGCUUUGCUCCUUGCUAAGCAGCUUCUUGCAAAGAGUUCUAAUGGCAAGCAACACUCAGGAUACCCAUCCUCUCUUGUGACUUCUUCCAGUUUCUAGGAUAAAUGAGAUGAAAAGGGGGCAUUGUGGGAGAUUGGAGCUUGGAUUAAGGGGCACAUGAAGAAAUGGCGCUACAAAAUCUUCACGUAACAAACUGGAUGAAAGAGUUUAGCACAAGUAUACAGACUAUAAAUUUGUAUUUGGGGUCGCUGCUGAAACCUGAUGCUGUGUCUUUCAUUCUGAGUUUCAACUUCUGAGCUUAAGUAUGGGAAAUACAGAAACAAUUGUAUUGUACUUCUCUCCUCCUCCCUGCAGCAGACAAACUGAAAAAAACCUCAGAAAAAUGGACAGUUUUGGAACAAAUUUAAUUUCAUGCUUUCCUUUUUUUUUUUUUUUUUAAAUUUUUUCAAAAUUUCAUUUGAAUGACAAAAUUUUCAUUGUUUUGUCUGGAACCCAGUUCACUUGAACGGCAAUUUUGUUUUGUUUUGGAGAAAGAUGAAAAGCAGAUGAAAUGAGAAACCAGCUUAGAAUCUGUCAGAUGCAGUAGGUUGGAGCACACAUCUGGGAGACAGAAGAGCAGUAACCCCUUCCCUCCUCCUUCCCAUCCAUGGAGAUUUGAACUAUUGCUGAGUUUGGUUUGUAUUUAGAAGUGCUGCUUCUAUUAUUUUUUUUUUUUUUUUUUUUAACUUGGCUGGGUAAACAGACUGAAAAAGAGAGUAGACCUAGGCAUCCUGCCUCUCACAUUAGCUUGUUAAAUACUAGAUUUGAGAGGUUCUCUCCCUUUCUUUUAUUUUAUCCUAAUUUUCAAUAGUCAAGGAAGGAUUGAGGGCAUGGUAGUAGGAGUCUGAUGGUUUGAAUAAGUAAUGAUGAGGAUGGAUUCACUGUAGUUUGAAAUUCUCCAAAAACUGCAAAUCUCCUUUGCAACUCAUCGAUAUCUGUAAGUAGUCAUGAUAAAAAACAACAGACCAGCUCUGGAAAGCAAGUAACUUUUGAUCACACUUUAUUAAAAGAUGCUUUGAUUUUAAAUAAAAAUAGUUUUGAAAUAUUUUUGUACCCAGUGCAAAUGAACAGUGAGUUUGUAUUUAAGUACAGUAUAAACAUCCAGGAAUUAUACUGAAUGGUGAUGAAAAAUACUUUUUUUGUUGUGAAAACAUUCUGCAUCUGGUCAUUGAAUGAAAAUGUGCAAGAGGUUUAAAGACUGAAGAAUAUGGUACUAACAUGAAGUAGUUUAGCCAGGAGAUUUUAGGACACAAAGAAAAGUAAGGAUUUACCAUCUGAGUAUCUGUCAAAAUAAAAACCCAUGUUUUUAUAGGAAUCUGUCAUCACAAGAACUUCAGCAAGUCUCAGCAAAAUAAACCAUAUUUUCUUCUUUUCUAUUCUCAUUUCUUAUUAAAGGUAUUUAAGGUUUUCAAAAUCUUAUUAUGGCAGGCUCACAGAACAUCAGAGCCAGUCUUCAUAGCACACAGAGUGAGUAUCAGCAGGAAUUUAAUACUGUUCUUAUCUCUUUCUACAGUACACAGGUUAAUUUUAGCUGACAUUAUCAAAUUAUUACAUGUUAUGGCAGCUUUUCAGAGGUAUCCUUGGGCACAAGAGGCAAGGUUAGUCUCAUCUCUGCUGUACCUUUGGCUGGUCUUCUUAGUUAAGGAAGUUUCACUUAUUUCCUUCCAGGCAAACAGAAAUAAUUUAUUAUGACAGCUAAUCCUCUGUUGAAGUACAGAAAUUAUCAUUCACAGGAACAUUGUAUUUUAAAGGCUAAGGACUUCCUAGAAACUCUGUCACAUAUUUCAGUGUU